AUGGCGAAAAAGACAGCGAGCUAUUUGCGACCUAUGCGCACUGCUUUCAUUGCCUCGCUUUUCGCUCUGGGUGCUGGUAUGACUCUCGCUGCCCCCGUGUCCUCCAAGGCGGAGGCUGACGUUGAGGCCCGCGGCAACCGCGGUGCCCACAUCACUUGGUACGGUGGCCAUAUGCUCGACGACCCUUACUGCGGUGGUACGAGGCCAACUGACGGCGACCUGGUUGCGGCUACCCCUUGGGACUCGCCCUAUGGCUGCGGUGACAAGAUCCACUUUGACUACUGGGGGAAGCAGGUCACUGUGACUGUGGUCGACAAGUGUGACACGUGCUCGGGCACUUGGUUCGAUAUCUCUAAGGGCGCCUUCUCGCGCCUCGCUAGUCUCGAUGUUGGCGAGCUCCACCACGUUGACUUCUGGCGUGUGUAA